GGGUGGAUGGGUGGAUGGUGGAUGCCGAUGCUAAUAAUUGUUGUAGAACAUUCGAUUGAAAGGAAUCACUACCUAGUAAUAAAUAAUAAGGCUACAAUAAAAAGCUACCCGACUUCUCUCUAAUACAAUAACAACUCUGAAAGCAGCUCAACAAUAUUCAACAUCAACAGCACAUCUACCAGGAUUUUCUAAAUUAUCAUCAAUAUGCCGAUAAAUUAUAGCAAAUGGGUAAGUUCAUUCCAUCUUCAAUAUCUGAAUACAUACCCCUCAUCGUCGUCUCUUGCCCCCACUUCGAAAGGCUGAAAGUUCAAGGCUGACAAAAUAUUAGGAUGCGCUUGAGUUGAGCGACGACUCAGACAUCGAAGUUCACCCAAAUGUUGAUAAGCGCUCUUUCAUUCGAGCAAAGCAAAACCAAAUUCAUCAACAGAGAUUUGAGAGGAAGAAUAAAAUAGACACCUUCAAGUACGAGCGAAUCGUGAAUGAUGGACUUCUCAGGAGAAUAAACGCCUUACUGGUCGCUUUACAAUCCUACAGUCCCCAAACCGAUAAACGUCCAGAUGACCUUGCAUUUCAAGCGUUGAUGGAAUCAACUGGUGAAGAUGACUCUCCCCGCCACCCCAGAAGGGGUACAUACCCAUGUGAAGGAGGCACCUCCAACAUAUUCUAAGAUGAUGGCGGCGCUCAUUGAUCAAGUGAAAACAAAGGUAGACGAAGACAAGCCAGAGAACCGUUUCGAGGCAUAUCUUGCCGAAAUCAAAGUACAUCAAGCAAAGGUCGAGGAUCUUCAAAAACAACUUGCGGUGGAAUUGGAGACUUUGGAGAAAGAGGAGAGCAAGAAGAUAACCAGUGAGAGUAUACAUACUGGAUUCGACAGCUCUUUCGUAUCAAAAGCGGACCCAAAACCAAAGGCCACAGAAGCGAAAAAGGCUCCAGCUAAGGAGAAAGUCCAUGCCGUUGAAGUUCUAAACCCUCAUGCCCUUGCCAAUAAAGAUGGCUCGAAGCCCGGUGAACAAUCCUCGGGGGCUGAUGCAGACGUUGAUGAAGACGAAGAAGAAGACGAUGAAGAAGUAGAAGCUACCGAGCUUGGAAAGAAGUUUGCACAAAUUAAGAUGGGCGAUUAUCGUACAUGUCUCCAAUACAUCUCCUCAAAUCCGUCAGUAUUAGCAGAGAGAGAGACCGAUGGUUUACUGGUUAUGGCAUUUAACUCUGCAAUUGCAAACAAAGAUGAUUUUGCUAGGCAAUGUGUCCACCAAGCUCUAUUACUUCAAUACUGCAGGGCACUCGGCAAGGAUGGUGUUGGCUUAUUUUUCAAGCGCAUCACUACCAAGGGCCAUCAAGCUCAAAAGGUUUUCUUCGAUGAUGUCAAUUCUACAUUCGACAGAGUCCGCACCAGAGCUAGGGAGAUCCAGAAGCAAAGAGCAGCUGAAGACGGGACUGAAGGUGGUGGAGUUGAGCAAAUCCAACUUCAUGCUGUUGAUCCCGGUACCACUAUCAACAUUACAAUUCCACCAGCAACGAGUGAUGAUCCAGAAGUCAUCAAAUCGAGAGAAUUAUUCAAUGCAUUCCCACCUGGACUGCAACGAGCUCUAGAAAGUGGUAGCUUGGAUGAAGUUAACAAGGUACUGGGUAAAAUGAGUGUGGAACAAGCUGAAGAGGUUGUAGGUCAGCUCAGUGAGGUAAGUUAAAAUCGUGAUAUCGGUGUCCAUAUGACCUUGCUAAUACAUAUCUAGGGCGGUAUGUUACAACUUGAGGAACAAAUCAUUGAUGCCACGACUGAAGAGGGACAAGCUGCAUUGAAGGAAUUCGAGGAAGAGGAAAGACAAAGAGCAUUAGCUGAGAAUUAUGGUGAUCCAGAAUAAGUGUCCGUGGAUAAUGGUAGGUGAUAAAGGGGUUAAGGGAAUGAAUGAUCUGAAAAGUAAAUAUGCCGUGCGAUUGAACAGGAUGGCUGAGAUCAGUAAUGGUUGAAUCCAUCUUCCAAUGAGUAAAUAGUAAUCACAUUUCAAAUUCCAUCCUCA